AGACCAACGUGUCAAAGACAUGAGGCUUAAAACGUAAAAGCAAAGGGCUUAGAGUGGCUGCUGGCUUUGCAGUGGAUCCCUAUUCGUGCAAAACUUCAACAGUUGAAGACACCUCCAAUCGGAAAGCUUCGACGGUUACCGGCGUUCUCAAUAGUGCUCUUUCAAAGUCACAACUUCAGACGAAGAGAGGUAGAGGGAGGGAGAGAUGGGGGAGGAGAAGAGACACCAGAUGAUGCAGAAUCUGUUCGGCGAUCAGUCUGAGGAAGAGGAAGAGAUCGAUUCCGAGCACGAAUCGAAUCCCCAGCCUAAUUAUGCCUCUGUAGAUGAAGCUGAAGGAGGGCUAAGGAAUGAGGGUGAAGAUGAAGUUGAAGGCGAAGAUGAAGUGGAUGGGCAUGGCGAUGUAGAAGUGGAGAGCGAAGAUGAAAUGCAAGAGGUAGAACCUGAUCCAGGAGAAAGUGAGGGUGAAAGAGAACCAAGUUCUGAAGAAGUAGAUAUUGGUGAUGAGAGGGAAGAGAGUGAAGCAAAGGAUGCAGAAAGUGAUGAGAAAGAAGAUUAUGGUCAUAGAGUGGCAAUGAGCCGGAGAAAUGAUAUAAUUGAAAGUGGGUCAGAGAGAUCUGAGGAGCAACAUUAUGCUGACCGUGAAGACGAGGAGGUUGAUCAGGCCAGAAGCCCAAGCAGCAAAUCACCUGAUGGGGAAAAGGAUCAAAAUCCCAUUUCACAGUCGGCCGCUGAGAUUCGUGAUGUGUUUGGCGACUCAGAUGAUGAGGAAGAGGCCGGGUAUGCGGUUAGAAACGAAAUUGAGCAUGAUUCACAUAGGUCUCCAAUGGAAGAGGAAGGGAGCUAUGAGAAUAAUUUAAGACCGGAGGAUAUGCUGAUGGAUGAAGAUGCUCGAUAUGGGUCAGAAGAGGACACUGAGGUUAAAUCUAAAGAGAAGCCGGUUGGCCCCCCAUUAGAGCUAGAGAUUCCAUUUCAGCGACCUCCAGCUGAUCCUACCAAAAUGAAUAUGAUCAAAGUUUCCAAUAUAAUGGGCAUUGACCCAAAUCCAUUUGAUCCUAAAACAUAUGUGGAAGAGAAAACAUUUGUGACGGAUGAAUCUGGUGCCAAAACACGUAUACGCUUGGAAAAUAACAUUGUACGGUGGCGGACUGUUAGAAAUCGUGAUGGCAGUAAAUCCAUUGAAAGCAAUGCUCGUUUUGUGAGAUGGUCAGAUGGCAGUUUACAGUUAUUAAUCGGGAACGAAGUGCUUGAUAUAUCUGUGCAAGAUGAUCAGCAUGACCAGACACAUCUUUUUCUUAGACAUAACAAGUCACUUCUUCAAUCACAAGGAAGAAUUCGGAGGAAGAUGAGGUUUAUGCCAUCAUCAUUGACAUCAAAUUCUCACAGGCUCUUGACAGCUCUUGUUGACUCACGGCAUAGAAAGGUUUAUAAAGUCAAGAACUGCAUCACCGACAUUGAUCCCGAGAGAGAAAAAGAGGAAAAAGAAAGGGCUGAAAAUCAAACAAUUAGAGCAAAUGUACUUCUUAAUCGGAAGAGGGAAAAGGUAAGCCGAAAGUAUACACAAACUGUAGAGCGAAGGCGUCAGCUCUCGCCUGGGUUCUUGGAGGGUGCUCUUGAUGAGGAUGAUGAACCAGAUUACUUUGACUCUCGUCGUUCUCGCUACCGCUUUGAAGAAGAUAUGGAGGUGGAAGCUCAAGCAGAGAAACGGAUUAUGAAUGCUAAGAAGGGACACAAAGAUAUUCUACGCAAGUCAUCUUUGCCUACUGUUAAAUCAUCGAAGCGCCCUGUGAAUUUCUCUGAUAGUGAGAGAGAAGAGUCUGAAUAUGAAAGCGAUCGGGAGGAAUUUGAAAGAUCUCCCGCCUGGAAAAGGGUUGAGGAGCCAGAGCAGGAUUAUGAAGAAGAAGAAGAGGAGGAAGGACGCUAUGAAGAAGAAGCAGAAGUGGAUGGAGCCUCGGAAGAGGAAGAGGAGGCUGAGGAGCCAAAACAAAAGUCCAAGGAGUUUGGAGGUCGUCACAAACGAGCAGGAAUUGAAUCAGAUGAGGAAUCCCCUCCAAGAAAGAUUUCAACCCACCGGCGAAUGGCAGUAGUUUAUGACAGUGAUGAGGAAUGAAUAGUCCUUGAGUUGAUUAUGGUAUUCUUGCCUAUGAUUAUUGUUUAUAAUUUUUUUUUUUUGUAUUAUGUGUACUGACCUUUUAAAUAUUAGUUCAUGGGAUAUGUGAAGUAGAAGCUUGGUUAACUAUAAUGUGCAUAAGAUAUUCAGGCAUUUGAUUCAUUAUGUAGUAGAAUCUCCUUGCAAAUUACAAAGAUGUUUAAAUGAAAGGUUAAAACAUGCUGAUGGGCAACUCUAAUUUC